UUAAAUACAGAUACGUGUCUAAAAUUCUCACACAUUGAAGAUGAGCUUAUAGAAUGGUUUACUAAAGCUAGAGGUCAAUUAAAAACAGUAACUCAAUUUAUGAUUCAAAUUAAAGCACGUUUAUUAGCAAAAAUACAUCAUACCAAUCAGAAUAUUCUGAU